AUGGACAAGAGGGACCUUCUACGUUUCUGUCGUGUCAUCGAGGCUCGGCGCCGGAGACGCACUGCAGCAGCAGCAGCAGCAAUUGCUGAUGCUGCUGCACCGCGGGGCGAUUACACCUCUCCAGCGGAAUCAGCAUCAGCAGCAGCAGCAGCAGCUUCAGCUCCUUUUGGUGUUAGACAGCGGGAGCAGCAUGCGAACAAUAGCGGCAACAGCAGCAGCAGCAGCAGCACUGCAGAAGAGUUGGCGGAGAAUAAGGCGCUGCAAGAAGUGCUACCCCAUGUGCAGUGCCAGCUAGCUGCCAUGCCACUCAAGUCUGCUCUGGAGGUCUUGAAGGCGACGCGAGGAGACAUGCGAGUUGUUGCUGCUGUUGUGCUGAUGCUGCGGGGCUCUGCUACUGCUGCACCAACAGACCUUGCUGCAGCAGCAGAGGAGCUUGCUGCUGCUGGGGUAGAUGAUACAAAGGCUUUCGAGUCCCUCGACAGGAGCUGCUCCGAGUGCUUCAGCCUGUGGGGCCCCACAGACCUCACGACGUUCAUUGCUGCUGCAGCAGAAGUCCAUCUGCUGCUCCCGGGGACUCUGCAGCAACUUGCUGCGCAUGCGCAGAGUGUUGUUGGUAGGGCAUCGCUUGAGGACCUUGCGCUGCUUCUGCUGAGCUGUCUUCGUCUACAGCGUGUCCCUCAGUCUCUUCGCUGUGCUGCUGCAGCGAGGCUGAACGCGGCCGCCGACAACGCACCGCAGCAGCAGCAGCACCACCGGCAGCAGCAGCAGCAGCAACAGCAGCAGCAACGGUUGUACACAGACAUUGGGGGGUUAUCUUCUCGUGGUGCUGCUAACCUCAUUGCAGCAGCGUCCCUUCUUAAGCUGUUUCUGCCUAAGGAUAUUAUGUUGCUGUUGCUGUUGCUGCUGUUGUCCUUGUUGCCUUCUCCUCCUCACGCUGCCUCCUUCAAUGCUGCUGCUUCUGUAAGCUGUUUGUGCUCCUGCUUCCUGUUGCUGCAGCAUUUGCUGCUGCUGCGGGCCUCCGCAGACCACCUCGACCUGCGGCAGCUGGCGCAGGUGCUGGGGGCCCUCCUGCAGCAAUCAGAGAAGGGGGGCCCACUGCCCCUCAGCUUUCUGCUGCAUUCUGCUAACGUAACUUCCUCACGAAUUGCUGCUGCAGUUCUGCAGCUGAUGCAGCACCAGCAACACCCGCAACAGCAGAAGCAGCAGCAGAAUCCACAGGAUGACUCGGCAGCAGCAGCAGCAACACUGGACCCAGUCAGCUGUUGCACUCUCCUACAUGCAUUUGCAGCGGGAGCAGCGGAAGCAGCAAAGUCAGGUAGCGACGAUUUGCUGCUUCCGCUUACUUCGGUGCAGAGACUGCUGCAGACAUUCUAUGUGCUGCAGCAGCAACAGCAACAGCAGCAACAGCAACAGCAGCAGCAGGAGCAGCAGGUGUAUCCAAAGUCGCUGGUAGACUAUCUCAAGUCCCAGCAGCUAGCAGCCGCUUCUUGCAGCAUUCUAGGGACUGGACCAGCAGCAGCGGGAGCUACUAGGUCUGACGCAGCAGCUGCAUCUGCAACAGCAGCAACAGCAGGUGCUUAUGAACCCGAAGCAACAGCAGCAGCUCCUGCUGCAGCAGGACCUGCUGCCGCAGCAACGGUAGCAGCUCAAGCUGAAGAAGCAAUGCUUGAUAUUCCAUUCCGGGCCUCUGUCAAUAGGUGGACGUGCAUAGGGGCCCUUAGCCACGAGCUGCUGGUGCUGCGAGACACCUUGCUGCGUGCUGCUGCUGCUGCUGGAACUGUGAAUGCAGCGCAAGCAGACGAAGCAGCAGCAGCAAACGCAGCAGGAGAAGCAGCAGCAGCAGCAGCAGCAGCAGCAGCAGACGUGGACGCUGUCUUGAGAACAAGUGGAGACCUCUGGCGCCGAGCCGCUAAUGCGGAGACACUGCGGCAGAUCGUUGAGAGCCUGUCAACCCAGCAGCAGCAACAGCAGCAGCAGGAGCAGCUGCAGCAGCCGGUAUUCUCGUUGCGGCAGCUUAUGUCCCUUGCCUACUCAGUGGGGUCUACUUCACUGAUAUCUGCUGCUGGCUUCGGCCAUCAUGAGUCUCCAUUCCUCCAGUGCCGCCGUGCAGUUGAAACGGCUGCAACUGCAGCAGCAACAGCAGCAACAGACGCAACUGCAGCAAAGCUUCAGUGCGACGCUCUGAAGGCCAUCGCCGUGGCUCUGCAGCAGCAGAUACAGCAACAGCAGCAGCAGCAGCAGCAGCAACAGGUGCUGCCGCCCCCCAGGACAACUGCCGAAGCGUUGCAGCAAUACGUCGUCAGCAGAUACUGUCUCCGUGUGCUUUCGAUUCCUCUGGGUAGUGAAAGAAGGGGACAGGGGGCCCCUUGGACUCAGGAUGCCCCCUCGCCUCUGGGGGGCCCCCCACCGUUACAGCUAAGGAGCAACAGGGUAGAGCGGGAGCUGUUGGCGGUGCUGGGCGGCAAGGGAGUUUCUCUGACAGUCGGUCCCCUGAUAUGUCCCCACGUGUUGGUUGCAGCUGCUGAGUUCUCCUGCUGCGUGGCUUACUGCUACCUACCUCCUUCCUGUCUCCUUGUUGCUGGGGGUGCAUCAGAGACAGAAGAGACAGCAGGAGCGAGUGGCCCCGGCUUACGCACGGGGAAGACAGUUGAAAGAGGAGAAACACUGACAGUAGAGACAGAUGAAUGGGGCCUCCUCUGGCUGGGGGCCCCGCAAGCGCUACAGACAGAUACAGCAGCAGUCAUCAGAACCCUGCAGCGGGAGGGGUGGCGGCUGCUGCUGCUGCCGCACAGCAUAUGGCAGACUGCUGCACCCGCUCACAGAGCAGAGGCCUUAAGAACAGCAAGAGAAAAAGCAUUAGAACAAACGCUGUAA